AUAAACUUAUUAAAUUGGUGACAGAAUGAUGGGCCGUGGGGGAACUCCAAUUAUUAUUUUGAACCAAAAUACCAGAAGGGAAUCUGGGAAAAAUGUGCAAAUAGGCAACAUUGCUUCAGCCAAAACUGUGGCAGAUGUAAUAAGAACGUGCCUUGGACCUCGAGCCAUGUUGAAGAUGUUGAUGGAUCCAAUGGGAGGUAUCGUGAUGACAAAUGACGGUAAUGCAAUUCUGAGAGAAAUUCAAGUGCAACAUCCGGCUGCCAAAAGUCUAAUCGAAAUAGCGCGAACUCAAGAUGAAGAAUGUGGAGACGGCACAACUUCUGUUGUCAUUUUAGCCGGAGAGUUCUGUGGCGUUGCUGAGCAGUUUUUACACCAGCAGAUGCAUCCCACAGUAAUAAUUGGAGCGUAUCGUAAUGCUUUAGAGGAUGCCGUCGCUAUCAUGGAAAAGCACAGUGUUGCGGUUGAUGUGAACGAUGAUAAAGCUAUGCUGGAGUUUAUCAGGAAUGCGCUGGCGACCAAAGUGACCGCUAACUGGUCCGAUCUGAUCACCAACAUAGCCCUCAGAGCAGUGAAGACAGUCAUUCUAGAGGAGAAAGGUGGCAAGAAAGAGAUCGAUAUUAAACGAUACGCCAAAGUUGAAAAGAUUCCUGGAGGAGCUAUCGAGGAUUCAGAAGUACUGGAUGGCGUCAUGUUCAACAAGGACAUUCUGCACUCCAAGAUGAGACGAAGAAUCGAGAACCCUAGGAUUCUUUUACUGGACUCUGGCCUGGAAUAUUCCAAAGGAGAGUCCCAAACAAACAUCGAGAUGCAGUCUUCCGCUGAUUUCGAGAGCUACUUGCAGAAGGAAGAGGAACACGUGAAAGACCUUUGCGAUAGAAUUAUCGCUAUGAAGCCGGACUUGGUGGUGUCCGAGAAGGGAAUCAGUGAUUUGGCAAUCCACUUCCUGCAGAAGGCGAACAUCUCUGCCAUCCGCAGACUCCGAAAGACCGACAACAUGCGAAUCUCGAGGGCUGCCGGAGCUACGAUUGUGAAUAGGCUUGACGAUCUGCAGGAAUCGGACGUGGGAACUGGAGCAGGGUUAUUCGAAGUCAAACUCAUAGGAGACGAGUACUUCACCUACAUCACCAAGUGCAAGGACCCUAAAGCAUGUACUAUUCUGCUGAGAGGAGCCAGCAAGGAUAUUCUGAACGAGGUGGAGCGCAAUCUGCAGGACACGAUGCAAGUAACUAGGAACAUUCUUGUCGACCCCAGAAUGGUACCGGGAGGCGGAGCCAUCGAAGUGGCAGUUGCCCAUGGCCUCAAUGAAAAGGCAAAGAGCAUCCAGGACGUUAGCCAGUGGCCUUAUAGAGCAGUGGCUAAAGCUCUGGAGGUCAUUCCACGAACCCUCAUUCAGAACUGCGGUGGCAACACUAUUAGAACUCUGACCCAAAUCAGAGCAAAACACGCGGAGGGCAACUUCAGCUUCGGGGUCAACGGGGAGAAUGGGGAGAUCAGUGAUAUGAAGGUCCUGAAGGUUUUCGAACCCUUCUCUGUCAAAAGUCAAGUUCUCAAAACGGCUGUGGAGACUGCCAUUCUUCUGCUGCGCAUUGACGACAUUGUUUCUGGAAGCAAAAAAUCACCGGAAGAACAACAUAGUGCAGGGCCAACGGAUGCCAGCAUGGGGGAUUAGAGAUCGUUCUUGAUGAGUCAGCAUAAGUACGAAUGCGUCACAACCUAAAAAAGAAAAAAAUAGGUUCCUGAUUAUACAUUGAGAGCGAAAUCGUAUUGAUAAAGGAACUGCUGUUGAGUUUCUGGGCUGAUGUUGCGCACGUUUGAAUAAAGUGUAAAAUAAAUGCUGUAUGUUUAUUAAAUGAAUUGAUAUCUUUGAGCUGAGAGAAUUAUGACAUUUAAGUGAAAUAAUUGUUCAUCUUGAUCGGAUUUGACAAUACAUUUUCAUAAAGAUA